AUGUCGGCUCAAAACUCCCUUCCAACUCUACCCACGAGCUUCUUAAAUAACAUCACCGAGCACAUCGGCGAUACACCACUCGUCCGCCUCAACCGCGUUCCUCAGAGCCUAGGCAUCAAGGCCACUGUCUAUGCGAAAUGCGAGUUUUUUAAUGCCGGUGGCUCUGUCAAGGACAGAAUUGCUAGGAGAAUGAUUGAAGAGGCCGAGAAGGAUGGAAAGAUCAAGCCUGGAGAUGUGUUGAUUGAGCCUACCUCCGGAAAUACUGGUAUAGGGCUAGCUCUGGUAGCAGCAGUCAAGGGAUAUCGCGCAAUCAUAACCCUGCCAGAAAAAAUGUCCUCUGAGAAAGUCGCUGUAUUGCGCGCUCUCGGUGCAGAAAUUGUUCGUACGCCUACCGAAGCAGCUUACGAUUCUCCGGAAAGUCAUAUCGGUGUAGCGAAGCGCCUUGAGAAGGAGAUUCCGAAUUCCAUCAUCCUGGAUCAAUACGGAAACCCAAAUAAUCCUUUGGCUCAUGAGCUGGGCACUGCGGAGGAGAUCUGGACUCAGACCGGCGGGAAAGUGGAUGCAGUUGUUGCGGGUGCGGGAACUGGUGGAACCAUUACCGGAAUUGCAAGGGGUUUGAGGAAGCACAAUCCAAACGUUCUCGUUGUGGCUGCGGACCCAGUCGGUUCGAUUCUGGCAGUCCCCGCGUCUCUCAACAAUUCACAUGAGGGCUACAAGGUUGAAGGCAUCGGUUAUGAUUUUGUUCCCGAAGUACUUGAACAAGGAAUUGUCAAUACUUGGAUCAAGACUACCGACCGCGAGUCAUUCCUGUAUGCCCGUCGUUUAAUCAAGGAAGAGGGCCUUCUUUGUGGUGGCUCUUCUGGCUCUGCGUUGUCAGCCAUGGUCGACGCUGUCAAAGCGAACCCAGAACUCAACCAAGAGGGAAAGGUCAUUGUUGUUAUUCUCCCCGAUUCCGUCCGUAAUUAUCUCAGCAAGUUUGUCGAUGACACUUGGAUGGAGAACAACGACUUCAUCCCCACCCAAGAGAUCGAGCAGGCCCGGGAAACUCAACAGUGGCAAGGUGCCACGAUCAAGGAUCUAAAGUUGAAACCUGUCGUUACUGUUCGUGAUACCGCCACUGCUGAGGCUGCGAUCGAGAUCAUGCGUGAAAAAAGUUUCGAUCAGCUCCCAGUUCUUGGGAAGUCCGGAAGGCUUGUUGGUCUAGUCACUCUUGGAAACUUACUCAGUUACAUCUCCCGGGGAUGGGCUACCAGUCAUACCACUGUCAAAGAGGUCAUGUUCGAUUUCACAAAGAUCAAGGAGAUUGUUGGUGAUCCUAAUGAGAUUGGAUCUGUUAAACCCACAACUACUACUGCGGAUGGAACCAAUGGCCCUCAAUGGAAGCGCAGAUUCGAAGAGAUUACUCUGGAUACACCCUUGAGUGCCCUGAGCCGGUUCUUUGAGCAUAACUCCGCAGGAGUUGUCACCCAAAGAAUGGGCUCGGGAGAGGGCCUAUCCGUUAUUCACGUUGUUACUAAGGUUGACUUGCUUUCGUUCCUCGUUAAGGAGGGGAAGAAGGAGAAGGUCACGAUUUCUGCUUAA